GGCAAGGGGACCAGCUUAAUAGACCUAAUCUGUAUUCGAUACCUUAAUUCCCAUAAUAAUAGAUAGCCCUCUUUGUCUAUAUUAUGCACAGCCAAGUUUCUGUUUCCCGCACUUUUUGUACAUUAUGAGUGUAUUGGUACACGUCAAGCAUGAUCAAUCAGACUACUACAUUAUUUCUUGUUACCACACUUGUACUUGCCAUGGACCCAUGCGACUUUUUCCUACCCGUUCCCGACCACGGUACACUCGGGUCUGGGUCGAUUCGAAGAACAUUCUAUCCAUUCUUCCGGUCGCUGUCACUUUACCCUCCAUACAUCUGCAUAUGGAGUGCAAAUACAGGGUGCACACAAAGUACGACCCUUAGCACAUCCUCCAGAUUCUGCUCCCCCCGCAGUCUAAGCCCCAAUCCUUCAGCUCACAGAUCAAAUCCGCCAAGCCAACCAGCGGCCAACUCGCCUCACGGCUCACGGCAUCGGGCAAAACACCGGGCGCACCGGUCGGGCCAGCACACGGACCGGACUAGUUAAGAGGCUAGGCUAGCGCUUCUUCCACCUGUUCCGGCGGUCAGUCGGGGGCGGCGGCACGGAUUGGGAACAUGUACUACGCAGGGCAGAUAGCAGAUACUCCAAGGGUAUGACUGAAGGAAUGUCUCCGGACUCAGUAACAUUUUCCAUCUCGUAUUGUGGUAUGUAUGUAUGUAUGUAUCAUACCCCUGGGAUUCUGUCGAUUUUCACCGCCUACUUUGUUUGAUCCGCGGAGUUACUUUGGGUAUGCCAAUCGUCUGUUUCAUUGAAGUCAAGAAGUCGAGAAAUUACUAUUUACUUGGUGUGCUUGGCAGUGACACUCAAUCAUGCUCGGCAAGAAGGAAAUGAGACACUCGAUGCGUCAAAUGCUGCACACCGUAUCUACAGCCCAAAUUCCAGCCCUUCCAUCCUCCAG